AUGGUGGACACCAAACGCGUACAGAGGGAAUUGACCCAAAUAGAGAAAGAUAAGAAUUUAACAGGAGUAAGCAUUAAAGUUUUUGAGGAGAAUGAUAUGUCACAUCUGUGUGGAACAAUUGCAGGCCCCAUGGACAGCCCUUAUGAACAGGGCUCCUUCCAGAUUGACAUCCGUUUGCCAGAAGGGUAUCCAUUUGAGCCACCAAAGAUGCAAUUUAUAACAAAAGUUUGGCAUCCCAAUAUCAGUAGCCAAAAUGGUGCAAUAUGCCUGGAUAUCUUAAGAAACGAGUGGAGCCCAGCUCUAACCUUGAAAACCACAUUAAUUUCUCUACAAGCUUUGCUUUCAACACCUGAACCUAAUGAUCCUCAGGACGCCAUGGUGGCACGGCAAUACUUGAAUGAUUAUCCAAAAUUCUUGGUCACUGCACGUCAUAGGACACAAUCUUUUGCAAAGAGGAGAGUACUAGGAAUGGAAGAAAAGGUAUCGAAGUUCGUUGAAAUGGGGUUUGAUGAGAAUGCAGUCAGAAAUGCUCUACAGCAGUUGAGAGGGGAUGAAGAUAUGGCACUUGAGAAGCUAUGCAGUGGCUAA